AUGUAUGAGACCUACUUCAUCCGAGCUGUCCCAGGCUCCAAGGUUCGAUUGAAUCGAGUUCUUCUGCUCAAAGAAAAAGGCAGCGGUGGUGAGUUCGAGGUGAGCGUCGGGCAGCCGCUGAUUGACGGUGCAUAUGCAGAGAUUACCAUCCUCGAGCACUUGAAGGGCGAAGACCAGAUCAUCUUCAAGCACAAGAAGAAGAAGCAUUACAUGAAGCGGUGGAUCGUCAACCAGAAGCUCACUCGCUUCCGCGUUGACAAGCCACUUGUCAAAGUGUGA